AUGAGCAGUGGGGGUGGAGCGGAGACGUACAACCCGCAGCUCUGGCGACGUUCUCCGGAGAUGCAGUCUGUCAGAGAACUCUCAGCUUCAGGGAUUGGAGAUGACGUGGGGACGGGAGAAGACUCGAAGGAACGGGUAGUACGUCUUGUGGUAAGAUCGCUGUCGGUGGUGGAUUGGGUGCGUAGCCAGUGGCUACUUGGACUCUUCAUGCUGAGCAUUGGCGUGGCAUAUUACCACCCUCUCUCGGCAGACAUGGCCACCAGUGAGUGGACGCGUGUCCUCGUCUUUAUUUCCUUUGCGCUGACUGGUGCAUCCUUCCCUGACAUUGACAGGGGUGCCACGCUGCGAUUUAUGGGUCCCACCAUUACCAUGUGUGUCAUGAGCUUUAUUAUUUCCCCCAUUAUGGGAGUGGGGGUGUACAUGACGCUUCGUAGUAGAAGUGAGGCAAACUACCUAUUUGUGGGUUUAAUGUGCACGUUUUGUUUGCCUCCGUCGGUGAUUCUUUCCGUGGCGGCCGUACGUUCAUCGCAAGGGAAUGAGGCCCUUUCACAGUACCUCGGUGCGGUUGGUAGUAUCUGUGGCGUUAUCGUAUCCCCGUUACUAAUGCUGGAAUGCAUGUCAUUGUCGCAUGCGACCAAGUUUCCAAGCACGACGGAAAUGAUGCUGUUUCACGCAACGGUUAUUGGCCCCUUCUUUUGUGGCGUUAUCGCACAAAGGGUGUUUGGCUGGGUGUCACACCGACGCAUAGCCGGGGAGGAUCGUGAGGUUUCACGCCUUAAUAAAGCAGAGUUAACAUAUUCUGAUUUGUGCAAUAGCGGUCUUGCGUACUGGCGCCAGCGUACGAUUCAACUGAAUAGUCUUAUAUUACUAUUGGUCAACUACUGCAUGUUUAGCUCCUUCUUUGUUCAAUCCGUCGCCCCGAGUUUAUUGACGUGGCGAGGUGCCGGACUGAUAUUUUUUGUGGAGUUGACGUUAUACAUAGUGACGUGUUUGGUGGACUGGCUGCUGGCUUCGCUGAUCGUGUCUACACCAGAGGAGCGAAUUGCGUUGUUUUUUGCGCUCAUCACAAAGUCUGAAGUUUUCGUCGUCCCCAUUAUCCUUCAUCUAUUCCAGGAGAAUCGCCAGGCGGCCGUGAUACUGCUACCUUCGUUGAUUUACCACCUUAUCCAGGCGUUUGUAACAGGGGUGCUGAGCUUCCCGCUGCGUCGGUGGCGGUCCCAGUACAACUGCCGCCCUGGGACGACGUUGCUCCCACUGCGCCUCAGCCGCGCGAACCGCGCCGCUUUAACAAAGAUGUAG